AGGAGGAGCGGCAUCGGCGGAGCUAGAGCGCAGGCGGGCCCAGCCCCGCGCCGGGCCGGCUCCGCCCCCGGGGCUCCGGGCGCCCGCCCCUCUCGCAGGCCCCGCCUUCCCCCACGUGUCUGCCGCCUAGGGGAGGCGCCUGAGCCGGAGCGGGCUCGCCACCGGUGCGGCGCCGUCGGCGCGGAGGGUCCUGUCGGUUGCGCCCCGGAGCGGCCCGGCUCCCCGAUGCUCCCGCCCCGGCCGCCGCGGGCCGGCCUGUGUGCUUAGCGCCCCGCUCUGCCCGCAGAGGCGCCCGCGGGGGUGGGAGCGGCCUCGGCCCCGCGGAGACGGAGCGGCAGCAGGACGAGGCGGUGGCCGCGGGGAGGAGGAUGGGGGCUAAUCAGUUGGUGGUGCUCAACGUGUACGACAUGUACUGGAUGAACGAAUACACCUCAUCCAUUGGAAUUGGAGUUUUUCAUUCAGGAAUUGAAGUAUAUGGCAGAGAAUUUGCUUAUGGUGGCCAUCCUUACCCCUUUUCUGGAAUAUUUGAAAUUUCCCCUGGAAAUGCUUCUGAAUUGGGAGAAACAUUUAAAUUUAAAGAAGCUGUUGUUUUAGGGAGUACUGACUUCCUAGAAGAUGAUAUAGAAAAAAUUGUAGAAGAACUGGGAAAAGAAUACAAAGGCAAUGCUUAUCAUUUGAUGCAUAAAAACUGCAAUCACUUUUCUUCAGCUUUAUCAGAGAUUCUUUGUGGGAAAGAGAUUCCGCGCUGGAUCAAUCGCCUGGCCUACUUCAGUUCCUGCAUACCCUUUCUCCAGAGUUGCCUCCCGAAGGAGUGGCUCACUCCGGCAGCCCUGCAGUCCAGUGUCAGCCAGGAGCUGCAGGAUGAACUGGAGGAAGCCGAGGAUGCAGCUGCGUCAGCCUCUAUGGGCAGUGCCGCUGCUGGCUCCCGGCCAGGCCGCCACACCAAACUGUAAACGUCUCCAAAGUCAUGGACUCAGAACUGUCACCGGCAAUUGACUAUCACGACAGAAAAGUUUAAAAAAAAAGAAUAAACAUCCUUUGGAUAUUUUGUAUGCAAAGAUGGCUCUCCCCCAAGUCCCAGUUUUUCAGCUCAGGAUUAUAUUUGUAAUCAGAAAAACAAAAAACAAACAGAAAAAAAUCACUUGGCGCAGGAGGGAGAACUUUGUAUGAAGCUGCCCUCUGUUUUUUUACCCACUUGUAAAUUUGGAUUUCCUUCUGUUUUCUACAAAUGGUUAAGUUAUGUUUACAGAUUUUUGUAUCGCUGUUUACAGAUUCUGCAUGGACUCCUGCCACCGUGAAAGAAGAAAACCUUCAUGUCUUCAAACAGUAGGCAGGUAAUCUUUGUACACGCUGACGAUUGCCAGAGCUAUGGCAGAACUAAGAAGUAGGCACACAGUUAAAGUCACCACCACCUGCUAGAGAGUCAGCCAGGUUUGAAUUGGCUUGGAUUUGGUUUCCAGUUUUGGCAUCAGGAUGCAGAGGGGAAGAGGCCUGUACUGAACUCAGGGGGCUUGGGGCCUUGGUGUACAUGAGGCAGCCCACCUCUGGGCCUAGUUCCUCUAGCAGCUUUCAUCCUGGGUAGCACAUCCGCCAAGGCUCUCCUUGAACGGUUGCUUUACCACUUAUCUGCCCUCCCCCUCCAUUGGGUGGUACCACCCCUAUGGCUCUCUGCUUUCAAGGCCUCUGAUCCUGUAAUCAAGAUGAGUUUCCUUAAAGACAUUUUUUGCUAGUAACUGACAAGUGUUUUUGCACAUAUGUUCGGAGGAGGGUUCAUUUUUAUUUUAAUACAUGUUGAUAUCCUCCCCACACAGGGUUUUGUUGAUGGGCAAGGAAAUUUCCUAAGGGGUAGCAAUCCUCUGAGUAGCAGUAUGAGUUGACAUUCAACUGCCUUUAACUGUUCGGGCUACCUUUUAUACUGGACCAUGAAAACUAGAAUCUAAAGUAACAGCACUCCAAAAAGGUAAUCCUCCAAUAUUUGAAACAUUUUAUGUACCAUAUCAGAAAGAGUAUGUCAGGGUUUGUUAGUUUGGUUAUGGGAGUAGUUUCACCUCAUAAAAGAAAGCCUCAUCUUAUUGACCCGUUGUUGAAAAAUCAUCACUGUGUGUCAAAAAGUUCAACCAUUUCUGUUCUCUCAAAUGUAUGUCUCCUCCAUAACAUACUCUAAGAAUGGAAUUGUCACCACAGAUAAGUCCUCAUUAGCAAGGAACCUGCUUACGUCUACUCCCAGUUUGACCCUUGGAUGUAAGAGCCAAGUCAUUACAUUACAUGUUAAAUUCAAUUUUUCUGCCUUAAGAAUGAAUGUCCUCCAUACAAUAUUGGAUGCAGUGUAUAAAUUAUCCAAGGCAGUGACUUCAGAUAUAUAUAUAUAUAUAUAUAUAUAUAUAUAUAGUUAGUUAGUUUUAAAGUCAUCUACUUUUAUUUAAACUUCUAGACUGGAUUAUUUGGAAUUGCUCUUUCUAAAGACAUAAUCUUUUAGUAAGAGACAUUUUAAAAUUUUUCCAUAAGCUGGUUUUGAUUCUUUAUAUCAACUCAAGCACACCCUGCUAAUGGGGAAAAUAAACCUCAGGUUAUAAGCAUUGACCUGAGGAAAAUGAAGCCACUUAACCAAAUGCGUGCUUUUGACUGUUCUGUUUCUGAAGAGGGAAACCUUUGCAGUUUAUUCUAAAUUCUCUGGAAGGGCAGAGCACUUAUUUUAAGAGAUGUGACAGGAGAAAGAAAGGGGAGGAAAAAGGAAUGUAUUAUUAUCUUUAUGAAAACUGGAUUUGGUUAAGAUUCCAAAAUGAGAUUUAGAAUAAAACACUGAGACUCUAAGCAGUGAAUUUGUUCACUAGAAGAAGACAAAACCCAAAUUAGUGAGAAGAGUUUGGUAUACUUUGCUUGGUUUUUUUGUUUUUAAAUAAUGUGGUAGGUUGCAGUUUCUUCUAAUUGAUUGAAAUACAAACUUGAGCUACUGAGACAUAAAGAAUGGCCACUAGUUAGAUAAUUCUUGGUGAAUAUUCAGGAACAUUCUACUGUACUUAAACCAGAAUCUGACACCUCAGCACAGAUUUUGUUGUAUUUUUAUUUGCGGCAUUUGGGGUUUUUAAAUAGUAUAAAGAAUAUUAGUAGAAAUAAACAGUGGCCUGCAACCUAUUGUCAUGCUAAUAUUAAGCGGAGAAAUUUCUGGACAUAUGUUUGUCUGCAGGUUGAGAAAUAAAAUUUCUAUAGAAAAAUCUCAUCAAGUCCCUUCUCCACAAUUCAAAAUUGAAAGUGGAUUUCAGUAACUGGUAUUUAGCCAGCUUUUCUUCAUCUGUGGAGGAAAGGAACUUUGUUCCCAGCCUGAUUUCUGUUAAGAAAAAUCCUAGAUUAAAACUCCAGUUACUACAGUCAGAUGUGAUCUGAUAAAGUCAGGUGUCCUCUGUCAUGUUAACCAAGUGAACAUGGUGAGUUGGGCAAUAAUAAUACACUUCUUAGAAGGUCAGAUGCUACCGGUUUCUCUUGUUUGUUUUAAAUGCCCGUGGGUUGUCUUUUUGUUUCCAACCCCACCCAUCCCCACCUUUGGAAAGUGGCCUCUACAAGGCCACCAUAGAGAGAGCCUCCAC